CCUCCGGCCGCCAUCAUGAUCAUCUACCGGGACCUCAUCAGCCACGAUGAGAUGUUCUCCGACAUUUACAAGAUCCGGGAGAUCGCGGACGGGCUGCGCCUGGAGGUGGAGGGGAAGACGGUCAGUAGGACGGAGGGUAACAUUGAUGACUCGCUCAUUGGUGGAAAUGCCUCCGCUGAAGGGCCCGAGGGCGAAGGUACUGGAAGCACAGUAAUCACUGGUGUUGAUACUGUCAUGAACCAUCACUUGCAGGAAACUAGCUUCACGAAAGAAGCCUACAAGAAGUACAUCAAAGAUUACAUGAAAUCAAUCAAAUGGAAACUUGAAAAACAGAGGCCAGAAAGAGUAAAACCUUUUAUGACAGGGGCUGCAGAACAAAUCAAGCACAUCCUUGCUAAUUGCAAAAACUACCAAUUCUUUCUUGGUGAAAACAUGAAUCCAGAUGGCAUGGUUGCUCUGCUGNUCAGUUUAGCCAAGUUGUCACAGAAUAAUCCAUCAUCAUCGCUUACUAAAAAGACAGACAGAAAAAGGGCGCUGCGGUUGCAGGCGCUGCGGUCAGCACAGCUGGCCAUCAUCCCCCUUGAACCACUGUCUCAAGCUACAGUUGCCGUGAGGCUUCUCAGGGUCUCUUUUACAAUUGGGCACCCCAAGUUCCCACCACCCCCAGCGCUGCGGUUGCAGGCGCUGCGGUCAGCACAGCUGGCCAUCAUCCCCCUUGAACCACUGUCUCAAGCUACAGUUGCCGGAAGGUACCGCGUUUGUCUGGUGAGCACUAGGACCCCAGGAGGCCUGGGCUUCCAGAAGGAGGAGAGUCAGUGUAUUCAUGAAGACAGUGGAUCUAGAAUAAGGGCAAGUGUGUCCCAAAGGCGCUACCUGCACGAGACGGCUGCUGAGAGCUUGGAAGCAAGCAGUCCAGAGGUGGUAUCACGGCCCCCCAGACUGAUAGGGAUUCAGGCUGCACUAUCCCUGCAGUGGCCGUCAUCCACAUGGGUCUAUGAGGGCAGCUCGAUAUUGCUCCACCCUUUGCAUAUAAAUUCCAGGCAGCAGAAUGAAGAAACGGAUCUAGAAAGGGCAGUAGCCCACACAGCUGCCACUUUCACCUCAACAGCUGGAGUGUGCUCAUAUGGCCACACUCAGCUUCGAGGAUGA